GGCCGCGCACCCCAACAUGGCGGCGGGCUCCGCCAAGCGGGCCCUGCGGGCCGAGCUGAAGCAGCGGCUGCGGGCGCUGAGCGCGGAGGAGCGGCUCCGCCAAUCGCGGCUGCUGACCGAGAAGGUGGUUGCCCACAAGAAGUACCAAGAGGCUCAAAGGGUGUCUGUCUUCCUGAGCAUGCCGGAUGAAAUUGAGACCUGUGAGAUUAUCAGGGAUAUUUUUCAACGAGGCAAGACGUGUUUCAUCCCACGAUACAAGUUCCAGAGUAACCACAUGGAUAUGGUCAAAUUAGUUUCCUUUGAAGAAAUUUCUUCACUUCCUAAAACUUCUUGGAAUAUUCUUCAGCCUGAUGAGGAGGAUGAGAGGGAGGAAGCAUUGAGUACAGGAGGCCUCGAUCUCAUCUUCAUGCCAGGACUUGGAUUUGACAAACAAGGCAACCGGCUGGGCAGGGGGAAAGGCUAUUACGAUUCCUAUCUGAGACGAUGUUUUCAGCAUUCCCAAGUCAAACCCCACACCGUUGCUUUGGCUUUUAAAGAGCAAAUCUGCGACUCCGUGCCGGUGGAUGAGAAUGAUAUGAGAAUCGAUGAAAUCCUCUACGAAGACAAAUGAAUGCAUCUCGGUACACAGUGACAAUAAAAGCAAAAAUGAUCAAGGUUUGGAGGGAGUGGAAAAUAUUCUGCCAUCCAUUCUUGUAAAGUAAAAUACAUCGAUUUCCUUUUGUCCAAAAAA